AUGAAGGGUGACCUCUUUCAGACCCGCAUGUCGGGCCGGGCGGAGUUGGACAAGAAGACGCUGGAGACUCGCAUGGUGGAGUGCGAAAGCAAGACCUACGAGCUCCGCGACGCGGCCGGAGCAUACGCAGCAAGAAGGAAGAACGAGCAGCGCCUUUACAUUUCUGCGCAGCAGGAGAAUGCAGCGAUUUUGUCUGGCCUGGGUGAAGCCUCUGCACAGGGUGCAACACAGGUGGCGGCACUAAUUGCUCGGGAGAAGAUCGAGCGAGCCAUUGGUGAUGAUGUGCCGCAGGAGGUGGCGUCGGGCGCCGUUGGGCCUGGGUGCACGGCGAACUUGGUCGGCCGCGCCGUCGGAGCCUUUGCCACGUCCAGUGGAUCAUGCCCAGAGCGUCUCGCGAAAGCAGCGCAAGCCGCGGGAGAGGGCGCGGCUGUGCAGGCUGCCGGAACUGCGCUUGCACAGGCCGGCAUUCCGCUUUGCCCCACUACGCUGAUCAACGAGGAGGGGAGGAAAGGCAUGGAGUUCGCCGGGGGCAGCAUGGUGUCCGUGGGCCAGAGAGAUCGCUACGGUUCGGGGCAGUUGGAGGACGGCACCACGGUCACCCGCAGCGCGCACGAGGAGGGUGUUCAGCUCAGGGCAGGUCUGGGAACAAUGCUCGGGGCGACUGGGAGUCCAGGUGCUCUGCUCACCGGACUGGCCAGCACGGUGGGCAUCUCUGGCAAUGUGGGCGUGACCGAUCGCACCCACCUGGCACAACGACCGGAUGGCAGCUUCUCGCAGCAUUCGGAGACUGUGCGUGGUUUCGCUGGCGGCGUGGAUGUCGUGGGUGUUGAAAAGCUGAACCUGGACACGGGGCACGCGACCGUCAGAAGCAAGGAGUACGAGAAGACGGGGCUUUGCAGCAGUUGCACCACCGAGACGGUUGAGGAGGAGGUCCGCAUCCUGGGCCAGAAGGCGUGCUCCGAAUCCGUGAGCUUCAAGCACACCAGGGAGGGCUUGCUGGGCUCCAAGAAGGUGGUGCUUGACUGCAAGACGGGGGAGGUGGCAGAGACGGAAGAGGGGCUGCUCUUCACGACUUCCCGGGAAGGAUCUGGGUCGGUGGACCGGUCCAGUGGGAAAGCUCGCUUUCAUGAAGCGGUUUCCUGCAGCUUCGGGGUGCGACAGGAAGUCAAGGAUGCAGCUGGAAAGGGCAUUGAGGUCGGAGGAUCGGAGGCCCGCCGGGCCAACGAAGGGCGGCUGUUCUGCUCCGCAGCGGAUGCACGCCAAGCGCUGCAGAACGCUGGUGGUCAAGUGGCUUUUCAGGGUGCUGGAGGUGUGGUCGGCUUGGUUACCGGCGAAGUGGUGGGGAAGGUGGCAGGGAGCCAGGCUGCUGGGGCAGUCCUUGGUGAGGCAGUUGCUGCUGGCAGCAUGGCGCUUCUUGGGCAGGGCGACCAGAAGCUGGACAGGGCUGUGACCACCGCAGGCGCCUCCUUGGCACUCUCGGCAUCGCAGGAGGUGGCGUCGGGCGCCGUCGGCCCUGGGCGCACGGCGAACUUGGUCGGCCGCGCCGUCGGAGCCUUUGCUACGUCCAGCGGAUCAUGCCCAGAGCGUCUCGCGAAAGCAGCGCAAGCCGCGGGAGAGGGCGCGGCUGUGCAGGCUGCCGGAACUGCGCUGGCACAGGCCGGCAUUCCGCUCUGCCCCACUACGCUGAUCAACGAGGAGGGGAGGAAAGGCAUGGAGUUCGCCGGGGGCAGCAUGGUGUCCGUGGGCCAGAGAGAUCGCUACGGUUCGGGGCAGUUGGAGGACGGCACCACGGUCACCCGCAGCUCGCACGAGGAGGGUGUUCAGCUCAGGGCAGGCGGAAGCCUUAGCAAGAUUUGCAGAUGCAGUUCUAGGCAAAGCCGCUAG